UUCUCCCCCGGGGUGUAGUGAGGGGGUGCUUUUUAAGGUCUUCUGGAGCAUGGAGGUGGAGACUGAGGGCAAGGAUUCCUGGCAAGAGAUGGGACUUUCCAGGAAGAGCUGAGUGUGGCAGUCUCGUGCUUUCUGUUCCCUCCCCACCCCUACCACGAGUACGUGUACCUAGCAAGGUGCAUUUCUUUCUGGGCAGAGAUUUCCUAUGGUAAUUAGCAAUGAUUCAGGUUACUGUAGCGCUGCUGAGCUCCUUUCCCAUCUUGUAGCCCCGUGGUUACUGACAUCCAGCCUUUAUUUCUGUAAGCAAGCACAGCUGCAAGCACAGUUUACCUUCCUAGGUUAUGAGGCUUUAGGAAAGCAUGGAGGUCAUGCUGUGGUGACAUAGGCAGUUGUUGAAACAACGUGGUGUGCAUUUAAGGCGGGGAUUGUGGGGUGAGGCAGGUAAAAACGCAGAUUCCAUAGCCACACCCCGACAUACUGAAUCAGGGUCUGUGAGGGUGGGAUCUGGAAUCCUUUUUAAAAAGCUCAGAGGAACCAAUUCACAGGAACAAUAAAAGUUUGAUCUGAGCCAAACUCCUUAAUCUAGAUAUGAGGAAGCGGGGAUUCCCUAAAAGGGAUACAGGGAGAGGGUUGCAGGAAAGUUACGCUAUAAUAGUUUUAGGGUGAUUCUUUCAUGGGAAAUAACCUGGGAAGUUUUCUCAGCUGAUGCUCUAAUCAGUACGCUGGUGAAUACUUUAGGUGAACCCUCUUCAUAUAUCCGGAGUUCUCUCUCUGUUCAGGUGUCCCUCCAGGUCUAUGGUCUGUGACCUCUUGUCAUUUUGGUCUCUCAGCUUUGUCUCCUCAAAUCUGGAAUUCCAGCUAGCUUUGCCUUGCUGCCCUUCCUUGUGACAGUGGCCUGGAGACUCCCUCAAGAAUAGGGAGAAAUCCAGUCCCUGUUACUCCAUUUUAGCCAGAAAUUCAAGACAUUUCAGGUGGCAGAAUAAAUUCAAUCCUUGGUUCUCCAUCUUGUCCACUAGUAGGAGUGGAGUUAGUUAUAUUCUCUUUGAACUCAUCAUGAAUUCCAUGAAGACUGAGGAGAAUGAGUCACUUAUUGCUACAGAAGGUGACCAGAGUACUAGACCUGAAGUUUCAAAGGAUACUGUGAUAAAGCGGACAUGUGCUGACACACCUGUUGAUCAUUGUCUAUCUGGCAUAAGAGAGUGUAGCAGCACCUUUAAGCUUAAAAGUGAAAUCAACACGGAUGAAACAGCCCUGGGAAUUCAGAAUCUAAAUUUGAACAAUAGAGAAUGUUGUUUCACCUUCACUUUGAAUGAAAACUCCGGAAAAUUAGACCACAGUGUGUUUACAGCCUAUGGUAAUCCCAGUGAGAGUAUCGACUCAGCUCUGAGUGCUAAUGAGCAUUUCAGUGAAAGGAUGAAGAAUCAUUGUAAUAAGAACAUUAUUGUUUAUGAAGAAAAAACAAUAGUUGGAUAUAUAAAUUUAGGAAUGCCUCUCAAGUGCCUGCCUAUUGAUUCUCAUUUUAAAAUUACAAUUGGUAAAAAAAAUAGUAGUGAAGAAGAUGGACACAUAUUACGUCAAUAUGAAAAUCCAAACAUGGAAUGCAUUCUUUUUUAUGUUGUUGCUAUUGGAAGGACAAUAAAGAAGAUUGUUAAGAUCAAGACACUUCAUGAAAAAGGAAGUAAACUUUGUAUUUAUGCCUUGAAGGGUGAGACUAUUCAAGAAGCCUUAUGCAAGGAUGGCCGAUUUCGCUCUGAUAUAGAUGAAUUUAAAUGGAAACUAAUGGAAGGUCAUAAUAAAAUCUAUGGAAAACAGUCCAUUGUUGAUGAAGUAUCUGGAAAAGUCUUAGAAAUGGACAUUUCAAAAAAAGAAACAUUACAAAAGAAAGGCAUCCAUAAAGAAAUUAAACAGAAUGAAAAUGCCACUGAUGAAAUUAAUCACCAGAGUCUGGUCCACAAACAAGAGAGAGAUGGAGAGACCGAAGAUGUAGAACACAGCAGAGAGAAAAUUCUCCAACCUCAGAAUCUAGGGCAUGAUAUUAAAGGUAAAACUCACCAGACAGUUCCCGGGAUUAGAACUAAUUACAUUGGUAGUUUGGACAGUAAAUAUAGGAAAAUAACCUCACAAGUUAAGCAGAGGCCGCAUCUGGGUAGGCAGUGUGCUAUUAAUCUGGAUGUCCAAAAGGAGGCAACUAACCUCUUAAAGAAUUUGCAAAUAUUGAAUGAAACCAUAAUAUCUCAGUAUCCAAAUUUUAAAGAGGAGGCACAGUGGGUGAGAAAAUAUUUUCAGGAAGAACAGAAGAGAAUGAAUCUUUCACCAUCUAGCCAAUUCGACAUAUAUGAAAAGUUAUUUGGAAAAACUACUGCAAAUUCUAUUUCAGUUGCAACCUGUGAACAACUUACUUAUCUUAGCAAGUCAGUUGGGUUCCUGGAAUGGAACAAUAAUGGAAACACAGGCAAUGCUACUUGCUUUGUCUUCAAUGGUGGUUAUAUUUUCACCUGUCAACAUGUUGUAGAACUUAUGGUGGGUAAAAACACAGAUCAAAGCUUGUGGCCACAAAUAAUUAGCCAAUGUGCAAAGGUAACCUUCACUUACACAGAGUUCAGCCCUACUGGUGACAACUGGUUUUUUAUUGAGCCAUGGCUUGAAAUGUCCAAUGAAACUCUAGAUUAUGCCAUUUUAAAACUAAAUGAAAAUGGAGAUGCAUUUCCUCCGGGCCUAUGGCGACAAAUUUCUCCUCCACCAUCUACUGGUUUGAUUUAUUUAAUUGGUCAUCCCGAAGGCCAGAUCAAGAAAAUAGAUGGUUGUGCUGUGAUUCCUGUAAAUGAACGAUUGAAAAAAUAUCCAAAUCAUUGUCAAGAGGGUUGGGUAGAUCUCCCUGGUACCAACAGUAAUGUAUGCCAUAUGUUUACCCAAAGAAGUUUCCUAUCAGAGAUUUGGAACACACAAAUGCUUAGUUAUGAUACUUGUUUCUCUGAUGGAUCCUCAGGCUCCCCAGUGUUCAAUGCAUCUGGAAAAUUAGUUGCUUUGCAUACCACUGGGCAUUUUUAUAAACAUGGACAUAAUGUGUAUGCCCUUAUUGAAUUUGGUUAUUCUAUGGAUUCCAUUCUUUGUGAUAUUAAAGAGACAAAUGAGAGCUUGUAUAAUUUAUUAAAUGAUGAGAAACUUGAGACUUACAAUGAAGAGAAAAAUAAACAAAAAUUACCACUUCAAGAUCAUCAGAUUGAACCCAUGGAAUGUUAGAAAACAGAUGCUGUCUUCAAGAAAAUAUGCCAGUAAUUUUUGGCAAAGAUUUCAUGACAAGGACACCUAAAGCAAUUUCAACAAAACUAAAAAUUGGCAAAUGAUAACGAAUUAAAGCUACUGCAGAGCAAAAGAAACUAUCAACAGGGUAAACACACAACUUACAGAAUGAGAGAAAACAUUUGCAAACUAAGCAUCCAGUAAAGAUAUAAUAUUCAGAAUCCAUUAGGAACUUAAACAGAUUAACAAGCAAAAAACAAGCAACCCCAUUAAAAAGUGGGUAAAGGGUAUGAACAGACACUUUUCGAAAGAGGACAUACAUAUCGCCAACAAGCAUAUGAAAAAAUACCAAAUAUCAUUAGUCAUUAGAGAAAUGCAAACUGACAAAAUGUCAUCACACUAAUCAGAAUGGCUGUUAUUAACAUGUCAGAAAAUAACAGAUGCUGGCACAGUUGCAGAGAAAGAGGAAUGCUUACACACUGCUGGUGGGAAUGUAAAUUAGUUCAGCUAUUGUGGAAAGCAGUUUUGUGAUUUCUCAAGGAACUUAAAACGGCUACCAUUCAACUCAGCAGUCUCAUUCCUGAGUAUAUAACCAAAGGCAUAUAAAGUGUUCUACCUUAAAGACACAUGCAUAUAUAUGUUCAUUGCAGCACUAUUCACAAUAGCAAAGACAUAGAAUCAACCUAAAUGCCCAUCAGCGGUAGACUGGAUAAAGAAAAUGUG